AUGGCGUCAUCUCUCUCUUCUAUUGAAUUCAAAUUUGGCAUACCAAAACAGACCAACCUCAAAUUUCCAUUUCACCUUCCAAAUCCUACUCCCAAAUCCCUCUGCACCGCAUCCCGAAACGAUGCCACCACACGCACCACCAAUCGCCGCCUCAACACAUCCACAAAACCACCACCUCUUCCCAAAAACAACUCAAAACAAAAACACACCGCCCCAUCUCCGCCACCGGAUGUGGAUUUAAUGACGCUAUGCAAAAAUGGCUCGAUUAAAGAAACGAUUGAAUUUAUGUCUCAAGGUGUGCCAGCAGGUUCCGAUGUUUUCGAGCUUGUUUUGGAUUCAUGUGACGAUCUUGAACUGGGGAAGAAGGUCCAGCAGCUUCUUAUUCGAUCUCCGUACUACGGUUUUGUGAAUUUGAACUCUAAAUUGAUAGGUCUAUACAUAAAAUGCAACAGCAUGAGGGAUGCACGCAGGGUGUUCGACAGAAUGCGUGAACGAGAUGACUUAAACUUAUGGCAUUCAAUGAUAAAGGGCUACACAGAUAACGGGGAACCCGAUGCAGGUUUGUUGUUAUACGACCAGAUGAAAGAGCUGGAGUUAACUCCAAACAAGGAGACUUUCCGAUUACUUUUAUCAGCAUGUGCCAGUGUUAAUUCAAUUCAAGAAUGCUUCAAACACUUCAAAUCAAUGAAGAACGACUACAAUCUAGAUCCAGAAAUUGAUCAUUAUCUAGGGGUUAUCGAUGCUUUGGGGAAAUCCGGGCAUCUAAACGAAGCUUUUGAGUUCAUUGAAAACAUUCCUAUUAAACCUACAUACAAAAUAUGGGAAUCAUUGAUGAAUUCUGCUCGAAUCCAUGGUGAUAUCGAGCUUGAAGAUCGAGCCAUAGCAUUCCUUCAACCAUCAAUUGUGUUACAUCAAAUUCCUUUACUUAAUCAAUCUGCAACUAAUAUGCUUGAAGGGAAGAAGAACAGAGUCUAUGAAUACAGAAAUCCAGAUCCUUACAAAGAAGAUUCAAACAAGAAAUUAAACGGUUUAAAUGGUCAAAUGAGAGAUGCAGGGUAUGUUCCGGAUACCCGAUACGUUCUUCAUGACAUUGAUCAAGAAGCUAAAGAACAAGCCUUGAUGCACCACAGUGAAAGGUUAGCAAUUGCAUAUGGUUUAAUUAGUACUCCAGCAAGAACAACUCUUAGGAUCAUCAAGAAUUUAAGGAUAUGUGGUGAUUGUCAUAAUGCUAUCAAGAUUAUGUCCAAGAUUGUUGGGAGGGAGCUCAUUGUAAGAGACAACAAAAGGUUUCAUCAUUUUAAGGAUGGUAUGUGCUCUUGUGGAGAUUAUUGGUAA